AACGUCGGGGGAGCACUCUCUCACUCUAAAAAAAAUAACUACUAGAGAGAGAGAGAGAGGACUUAUUACUGGAAACACAAUCAAAACAACAGUAGAAGCCGCAGUCUCCAGUUCCAACCAAGGUACGUUUCGAAACCCUAGAAAUCGCAAUUUUCGAUUCUCCAUUGAAACACUGCUGUAGACGCAUGUGAAUGUAUACGUAUUCGUUUGGUCAUAGUAUUAGUCUUGUGCAUGUACGGUUUGAGAGUGUUUAAAUGGGGAAAGGAAGACCUAGGUCUGUAGAGAAAGGGGUGUUGGCGCAGAGUUCUACUGUUGCACCAUCUAGUUUGUUAGAUAUACAGUCUGCGCCGGCGUAUUAUCCGACCGAGGAGGAGUUUAAGGACCCUUUGGAGUUUAUCCAUAAGAUCAGGCCAGAGGCUGAGCCGUAUGGGAUUUGUAGGAUCAUUCCGCCGAGCAGUUGGAAACCCCCGUUCGCGUUAGAUUUAGAUAAAUUUGAGUUUCCGACGAAGACACAGGCCAUUCACCAGUUGCAGGCGCGGCCAGCGUCGUGCGAUCCGAAGACGUUUGAGUUGGAGUACAAUAGGUUUUUGGAGGAGCAUUGCGGUAGGAAGUCGCCGAAAAGGAAGGUGGUGUUUGAAGGGGAGGAUUUGGAUUUUUGUAAGUUGUUCAAUGGGGUGAAGCGGUACGGGGGGUACGAUAAGGUUGUGGAGGAGAAGAAGUGGGGGGAGGUUUCUCGGUUCGUGCGGCCGAAGGGGAAGAUUUCUGAGUGCGCAAAGCACGUGUUGUGUCAGUUGUACCGGGAGCAUUUGUAUGAUUAUGAGAGUUACUAUAAUCGGUUGAACCAACAGAAAGCGAAGAAUUACAAGGGGGGAAUGCAUGGUGACCGGAAAAACCAACUUGGGGAUGUUUCUUCAAGUUAUAAAAGAAGGAGGAAGAAUCUUGAGGGCGAGCGUGUAAAAGUAUGUAAGGUAGAGGAGGAACGGCGGGAUCAGAUAUGUGAACAAUGCAGGAGUGGGUUGCAUGGGGAAGUAAUGCUGUUGUGCGACAGAUGUAAUAAAGGCUGGCAUAUAUAUUGUUUGUCACCACCUUUGAAGCGGGUUCCCAUCGGGAAUUGGUAUUGCUUAGAUUGUUUGAAUUCCGAUAAGGAUACCUUUGGUUUUGUGCCUGGUAAGCAAUUCGCCUUGGAAGCUUUCCGGCGUGUGGCUGAACGGGCCAAGAAGAAGUGGUUUGGAUCCACACCAACUUCAAGGGUGCAAUUGGAGAAAAAGUUUUGGAAAAUUGUGGAAGGAUUGGUGGGGGAGGUUGAAGUAAUGUAUGGCAGUGAUUUAGAUACAUCUGUGUAUGGAAGUGGGUUUCCGCGUGCAAAUGAUCAGAGACCAGCAUCAAUAGAAGUUGAGAAAUGGGAGGAAUACUGUGCUAGCCCAUGGAAUCUCAAUAACUUGCCCAAGCUACAAGGUUCAAUGCUUCGGACUGUUCACAAUAGUAUUGCUGGUGUUAUGGUGCCUUGGCUCUAUGUUGGGAUGCUGUUUUCAUCGUUCUGCUGGCAUUUUGAAGACCACUGUUUUUACUCGAUGAAUUAUCUCCAUUGGGGAGAGCCAAAGUAUUGGUACAGUGUUCCUGGUAAUGAAGCCAAAGCUUUUGAGAAGGUAAUGCGGAAGACUCUUCCUGAUUUGUUUGAGGCGCAACCAGAUUUGCUUUUUCAGCUUGUAACUAUGCUGAAUCCAUCUGUCUUACUAGAAAAUGGUGUUCCAGUAUACAGUGUACUUCAGGAACCUGGGAAUUUUGUCAUUACCUUUCCUAGAUCUUACCAUGGAGGUUUUAAUUUGGGUUUAAAUUGUGCUGAGGCAGUCAAUUUUGCUCCUGCUGAUUGGCUUCCUCAUGGUGGUUUUGGAGCAGAGCUAUAUCAGCUGUAUCGCAAAGCUGCUGUUUUAUCUCAUGAGGAGCUUCUUUGUGUGGUUGCCAAGAGUGACUUUGAUAUAAAAGCAUCACCUUACUUGAAGAAAGAAUUGCAUAGAAUUUAUGAUAAGGAGAAGACUUUGAGGGAGCAGCUUUGGAGAAAUGGCAUUGUUAGUUCCUCUCCCAUGUCUCCACGGAAGCACCCCGAAUACGUGGGUACUGAAGAGGAUCCAACAUGCAUAAUAUGCCAACAGUAUUUGUAUCUCUCUGCUAUUGUUUGCCGCUGUAGACCGUCUGCGCUUGUUUGUCUUGAGCAUUGGGAAAACCUAUGUGAAUGCAAACCAAACAGGCAUCGACUUCUUUAUCGUUAUUCACUGGCAGAAUUGAAGGAUUUGCCGCUAAUGACAGAUAAACAUGAUUCUGGAAAUAUAGUCCAAGAUAGAAAUUUGAGAAGACAGCUCUCAUCUGGUGAUGAAUUGGGUGCUUUGACCAAAAAGGUAAAAGGUGGUCAUGUCACUUUUUCCCAACUCGCGGAAGAAUGGCUUCUGAGCUCUUGCAAGAUUUUUAAGGCUCCAUACGAUAAGGAGGUUUAUGUUAAGGCAUUAAAGAAAGCUGAGCAAUUUCUUUGGGCAGGAUCAGAAAUGGAUCCGGUGCGAGACGUGACAAAGAACUUGCUUGAAGCUAAGAGUUGGGCCGAAGGAGUUAGAGAUUGUCUUUCUAAAGUGGAGAAGUGGUCAGCUCAUCGCAGCUGCGAUACAGAAAAAGUGAAAUGGGAUCAUGUUGACAAUUUACUCCAUCGUGAUCCAGUGCCUUGUAAUGAGCCUGCGCUUGUUCGAUUAAAGGAAUAUGAAAAAGAAGCGAGAGCCUUGAGUCAGGAAAUCAGUUCUGCCCUUUCAAAAGGCUCACAACUAUCUAUUGCUGAUUGGGAAAUCUUAGCCACCAGAGUCUGUGACUUUCCGAUAUGUGUCACAGAAAGUGAAAGACUAGUACAGAGUUUAUCAUCUGCAAAGGUGUGGGUAGAAAAUGUAAGGAAAUGCGUCUCAGAAAAAGCACAGACUGCAGUUGAGGCAGAUAUCCUUUACCAUUUACAGUCGGAGAUUUUGGAGCUUCCCCUUCACCCCCCUGAAGUUGAAAUGCUAAUGGGUUUAUUAAGGCAAGUUGAGUUAUGCCAGGCUCAGUGCAAGGAGAUGCUGAAGGGUCCAAUAAAUCUUAAGAAACUUGAGGCACUUUUUCAAGAAUGGGAUGAUUUCACUAUCAACAUUCCGGAGUUAAAACUUUUGAAGCAAUAUCGCAGUGAUGCUAUCUCGUGGCUUUCCCGUUUGAAUGAUGUGCUAGUAAAUAUUCAUGAACGGGAGGAUCAAGAAAAUGUGGUGAACGAGCUGUCUUCCAUUCAAAGGGAUGGAGAAUUGUUGAAAAUUCAAGUUAAUGAGUCAUCUCAGGUUGAGGUUGAGUUGAAGAAGGCUUGUUGCAGGGUAAAGGCCCUGAAGGCUCUUGGAAGUAAGAUGUCUUUGGACUUCAUCCAACAACUAAUGAUGGAGGCAACCAUGCUGCAGAUUGGGAAGGAGAGGUUGUUUGGCAAUAUUUCUGGAGUACUUUCAGCUGCUAUGUUUUGGGAAGAAAGAGCAACACGUAUUCUUGCUAGUGAAGCUCAGAUGUUUGAUUUUGAGGAUGCUGUAAGGACUUCUGAGGACAUAUGUGCUAUUCUACCUUCUCUUGGUGUUGUCAUGGAUGCCUUAUCAGUUGCCAAGUCCUGGUUAAAGAUGUCUGAGCCAUUUUUAGUGUCUAAUUUAUCUUUAUCAUGUGCCUCAAGUUCGCUGCUGAAAGUUGACGCUCUGGAGGAGUUAGUUUCACAGUCAAAGCUUCUGAAGAUAUCUUUGAGAGAACGAUCAAUGCUUCAAUCAGUUUUGGAUAAUUGCAUUGAAUGGCAGAAUGAUGCCUGCUCUACACUGCAUGCUGUGGCAUGCUUCUUAAAUACCGAAAUAACUCAUAAUGAAAUUGCCAGUGGUCUUCUCUCAAAGGUGGAGCAGCAAGUUACUGGGAUGGAGUCAAUCAUAAAAGCUGGCUUAUCUCUUGGUUUAGACUUCUCUGAGAUUCCAAAACUCGAAGAUGCUUCUUCCACUCUUCGUUGGUGCUUUAAGGCCCUUUCUUUCUGUUCUGUUGUUCCCCAGCUUGAGGAUGUUGAGAUGUUGAUGGAGGCUGGACUCCACCUUCCUGUGACGUAUGCAUCUAGUUCUUUGUUUAGCUCAUUAAUUGAUGGGGUAAAUUGGCUGAAGAAAGCUGCAGAAAUUUGUGUACCAUCCAACCGUAGAAAAUUUAAGCUGUGUGAUGCUGAAGAAGUUCUCGGGCAAUCUCCGGUAUUUCUUAAGAUCAAGGUGGCCUUUCCAGUGAUGGUUAGUCAGCUUUCCCAUGCGAUUAGGAAACAUAAUUUGUGGCUUGAGCAAGUGCAUCUUUUCUUCAAGCUAAAGCCUUGCGACAGAUCAUGGAUUUUAUUUCUGGAACUCAAGGAACUUGGGAGCACGGAUGCCCUUAACUGCCCUGAGCUAGAUAUGGUUUUAUCUCAAUUUCACAAGGUUGAGUGGUGGAAGCAGCGUUGCCAUAACAUUGCAGGGACCUCAGUUGGAGAUGAGAAAUCACUGCUUCACAGUUUAGUAAAGAUAAAAGAUGCCCUUGAUAGAUCCUUGUACAUAUUUAGUCUAUCGAAGGGCUGCAAGGCAAGAGACCUAUGCAUGUGCUGCUCCAGAAACUUUGAAGAUCAGAAGUUUUUAACUUGUUCUAUGUGCAAUGACUGGUACCAUCUGCAGUGUAAAGGACAAACACUGGCUGAUACAAAUGAUCUGGCAUUAUGUAUCUGCCAUUAUUGCCACUUUUUUGAUAGUGGGAAGAUCUCUCAAGAUGUAGGCGGCCCUCUGAUAUUUGAAGGGAAGCGCGCUGAAUUGAAUAAACUCGUUGAGCUUCUAUCUGAUGCUGUGGAUUUCUCUGUAUGGAUUGAGGAGAGAAGUAUACUUAGUCAACUUGUGGAGAAAACUCUUGCAUGCAAAGCAUGCUUAGCAGAAGUUGUGGAUUUUGCAUUAACUUACCAUGAUGAAGAUCUCAGCAUAGUUGUUAAAAAGCUAUCGAUUGCUAUGAAGGCCAUAGAAGUGGCAGGCGUUUUUUAUCAUCAGGGUUGUUGCAAUUUUGAGCUGGCAUUAGCAAGAAACUCAUGGAGAGUCAGAGCCAAUAAACUUUUUGGAGGUCCACAAAAGCCCCUAAUCCAACAGAUGCAGCGACAUUUGAAAGAGGGGCUGGCUAUAAGAGUACCUCCCGAGGAUCACUUCUGGCAGAAACUUGCUGCAGUGAAACACAUUUGCACCCAGUGGGCAGAAAAGGCCAAGAAGGUUUCAAUGGACUCUGGAACGCUUGGAUUGGAAAACGUUUUUGAACUCGUUAUGGAGGGUGAAAACUUGCCUGUUCAAUACGAAAAGGAGCUUAAGUUAUUAAGAGAUCGAACUAUGCUGUACUGCAUCUGCCGGAAGCCUUAUGAUCAGAGAGCUAUGAUUGCUUGUGAUAAAUGUGAUGAGUGGUAUCACUUCGACUGCAUUAAGCUAUCCGCGACCCCCAAGGUUUAUAUAUGCCCUGCUUGUAAGCUUGAAACAGAGGACUUGCACUCGUCUCCCGUGGUGACUCUAGAUGGCUCAAUUGGCUCGAAAUGUGAGGAGCCUCAAACGCCUUCUCCACGUCGCCGAGAGUUUAGGCGCAAAUCAAGAAAACACAAGUCCAGCGCGAAGCGAAAGGUGGUGGUAACAACUGCUUGUCAGAGUAGUAAUGUUUUGAGGCAUUCUAGUGGGAUUGAGUGUUUGUUAUGGAGUAACCGCAAGCCUUUUAGAAGAGCAGCUAGAAAACGUUCACAGAUGGACAGUCUUUCACAAUUGUUUUACAUUCAAAAGUAAAUGUCAACAUAGAUAGAUGCCAAUCAUUCAAUCUAUUCAUUGAAUCAUUGAUUCUUGUC